AUGGGCUGGGAAGAUGUGGUACGUGUUUUCAAGCGGCUGAAUAAUGUUUUCGAAAAGUAUGAAAAGUUGCCCUCGUUUAUUUUGAAACCAAAACAAGUUCAAUGUUUCGAGUAUUUAGGAGAAGGACACCACGUUAUAGCUGUUUUGCCUACUGGGUUUGGUAAAUCGUUAAUUUAUCAACUUUUACCCGACUUUGUUCCAGAACGAAAGGCAGGCAAUAUUGUACUUGUUGUCUCUCCUUUAACAUCAAUUAUUAUUCAAGAUCAGUUAGUAAAUUUAACUAAAGUAGGCAUUGAAUGUGGUUUCUUACAACUUGAAGACCAAGCUAAUAGCCACAGGUACGAACCCUUGUUUGAAGAAGAUUUGAAUGAUGCAUCAAAUUCUAUUUUCAAAAUUUCAAAAAGCAUUGUUGCAGGCAAAUGUAAUGUAUUUCGCUAG